AUCGCAGAGAUGAAGCUGCUCCUGGUCCUAGCAGGGCUCCUGCCCCCCCUGGUCAUUCCCCAGUCCUCUGACAGUGCCACUCCAGCUGUCCUGGAGGAGGUGGAGACCUCGAUGGUGCUGACCUGCAUGGAGGAGGCCAAGCGGCUAGUGGACAAAGCCUACAAGGAGCGACGGGAAAGCAUCAAGCAGCGGCUUCGAAGUGGCUCGGCCAGCCCCAUGGAACUUCUAUCUUACUUCAAGCAGCCCGUGGCAGCCACCAGGACAGCUGUGAGGGCCGCAGACUAUCUGCACGUGGCCCUAGACCUACUCAAAACGAAGUUGCAGAUCCUGUGGCCUAGGCCUUUCAAUGUCACUGAUGUGCUGACACCUGCUCAGCUAAAUCUGCUGUUCAAGUCAAGUGGCUGCGCCUACCAGGACGUGGGGGUUACGUGCCCUGAGCAAGACAAGUACCGCACCAUCACUGGGCAUUGCAACAACAGACGCAGCCCCACCCUGGGGGCCUCCAACCGCGCCUUUGCGCGCUGGCUGCCUGCGGAGUACGAAGACGGCUUCUCACUGCCCUAUGGUUGGACGCCCGGUGUCAAACGCGGCGGCUUUCCUGUGCCCCUGGCUCGUGCAGUCUCCAACGCCAUCGUGCGCUUCCCCACCGAGCAGCUGACUCCAGACCAGGAGCGCUCGCUCAUGUUCAUGCAGUGGGGCCAGUUCAUCGAUCACGACCUCGACUUCACCCCGGAGCCAGCCGCCCGGGCCUCCUUCCUCACUGGCCUCAAUUGCGAGACCAGUUGCCUGCAGCAGCCGCCUUGCUUUCCACUCAAGAUCCCCCCUAAUGACCCCCGCAUCAAGAACCAACGUGACUGUAUUCCCUUCUUCCGCUCCUGCCCGGCCUGUACUGGGAGCAACAUCACUAUCCGGAACCAGAUCAAUGCGCUCACUUCUUUUGUGGAUGCCAGCGGGGUAUACGGCAGUGAGGACCAAGUGGCCACCAAGCUGCGCAACCUGACUAACCAGCUGGGGCUGCUGGCUGUCAACACCCGCUUCCAAGACAAUGGCAGGGCUCUGAUGCCCUUUGACAAUCUGCAUGAUGACCCCUGUCUUCUCACCAACCGCUCUGUGCAAAUCCCCUGCUUCCUGGCAGGGGACACCCGCUCCAGUGAGAUGCCUGAGCUCACUUCCAUGCACACCCUCUUUGUUCGAGAACACAACCGGCUGGCCACACAGCUCAAGCGCCUGAACCCCAGGUGGAAUGGGGAGAGACUCUACCAGGAAGCCCGGAAGAUUGUGGGAGCCAUGGUCCAGAUCAUCACAUACCGAGACUACCUGCCCCUUGUGCUGGGACCAGCAGCCAUGAGGAAGUACCUCCCCCAGUAUCGCGCUUACAACGACUCGGUGGACCCGCGCAUCGCCAAUGUCUUCACACAAUGCUUCCGUUAUGGCCACACCCUCAUCCAACCCUUCAUGUUCCUGAACAAUCAGUACCAGCCCAUGGAGCCCAACCCCCGUGUCCCACUCAGCAAGGUGUUUUUUGCCAGCUGGAGGGUAGUGCUGGAAGGUGGCAUUGACCCCAUCCUCCGGGGCCUCAUGGCCACCCCUGCCAAGCUGAAUCGCCAGAACCAAAUCGUGGUGGAUGAGCUCGGGGCGGUUUUGGUGGGGAGAAUGCAGGUGUGUUCAGCACGGAGCAGCGCCAGCCUGGCCAGGAUCUUUUACCUCCGCAUCAUUGUGACAACACAGGCAUCACCACUGUCCAAGAACAACAUCUUCAUGUCCAACUCAUUCCCCCGGGACUUUGUCAGCUGCAGCUCUCUCCUGCGUUGGACCUGGCAUCCUGGAGAGAGGCUAGAGGCUGG